GUGUGAAAAUGGCAUCUCUUAGAGCUUGAAGAAGUUGCAAGGAAAUUGCCAAGAAGUUACUGAACAUCUUUCUUUCAAUAAUUGACUCAAUGCAUGACUUCACUUUAAGGAAGUUGCCAUGAAGAUACCAUUAACUGAUAGGUAUGGUGUGAGAAAGCGGCAUGGGAUUGUCCCUUUCAAGGAUGGUCGAUGAUGUACAGUGAUCAGGCAUUACAUCCUGACGUACACUGACUAAUUUCUUCCAUGGCCUUAUCUACAAUCUCUUCUUCGUCUUCUUCUUCUUCUUCAGUCACCUCUCCAUGGCUCUACGAUGUGUUCUUGAGCUUUAGAGGAGAAGAUACCCGUGAUACUUUUACUUCCCAUCUAUACCAUGCUUUGAUUCAAAAGGGAAUCCGUACCUUCAUAGAUGAUGAUGAAGUUAAAAGGGGUGAUGAGAUUUCAACUAAACUCCUCCCAGCCAUAGAAGAUUCAAGGAUUUCCAUCAUUGUACUCUCAAAAAAUUAUGCAUCGUCUACAUGGUGUUUGGAUGAGUUAGUGAAGAUUCUUGAGUGUAAAAAAUCAAAGCAACAAAUAGUUUUACCUGUGUUUUACCACGUAGAUCCAUCAGAUAUUCGACAUCAAAACGGAAGUUUUGGGGAAGCAUUGGCUAAACAUGCUGAGAAAUUGAAUGUAGAUCACAUGAAGUUGCAGAUGUGGAAGGCAGCCCUACGAGAAGUUGCUAAUUUGUCCGGGGACCAUCUGAUCAGAAAUGGGAAUGAAUCAAAAUUCAUUGAAAAAAUCGUUCAAGACGUUUCAAGAAUGGCAAACAAUCAUUUAUAUUUACAUGUUGCCGAGCAUCCCGUUGGAUUAGAACCUCAUGUAGAACAUGUCAAUUUGCUUUUAAGGGUUGGAAUGAAAGACAUACGAAUGAUAGGAAUUUUUGGACUUGGGGGAAUUGGUAAGACUACUCUAGCCAAAGCAAUUUAUAACUCGAUUGCUUUUCGAUUUGAAGCUAGUUAUUUUCUUCCAAUUGAUAGCGACACUAGGAAUCAAGUGAAUCGUUUGGUCCAACUGCAAGAGACACUUCUUUCUAAGAUCUUUGGAGAAUGUAAAAGUUUGAAGGUUGAUAGUAUUGAUAAGGGAAUGACUAUGAUAAAGCGUAGGCUUCGUUCUAAAAGAGUUCUUCUAAUUCUUGAUGCUGUACACCACUUGGAUCAAUUAAAAAAAUUAGCAGGAGCUUGUGAUUGGUUUGGUGAAGGAAGUAGAAUCAUCAUCACAACAAGAGAUCAACACUUAUUGACUGCUCAUGGCGUUGAUUCAACAUUUGAGAUGACGGGAAUGAAUCAAGAUGAUGCUUGUCAACUAUUUUGUAGGCAUGCUUUCCAAAGAGAGAAACCGGUUGACGGUUAUGGAGAGUUUGUAGAACAGAUUGUAAAUUAUGCUCAAAGGCUUCCACUAGCUUUAACAGUGCUUGGUUUGGAUUUAAAUGGUAGAAGUGAAAAAAGUGAGUGGGAAAGUGCAUUGGAUCAGUACAGGAAAAUCCCUCACGAAGAUAUUCAAAAAAUACUUCAAACAAGUUAUGAUAGAUUAAGUGAAAAUGAACAGAAUGUUUUUCUUGACAUUGCAUGUUUUUUUUUCAAUGGACAAGGGCUUGAUCAUGUCAUUAAGAUACUAGAUAGUUUUGAUUUUUACCCAAACUCUUGCAUCCCAAGACUUAAGGAGAAGUGCCUUAUUUCGGAGGAUUUCUACGGAAGAUUGCAAAUGCACGACUUGUUACGAGAUAUGGGUAGAGAAGUUGUUCGAAAAGAAUCUCCCAAAAAUCCAGGAGAACGUAGCAGAUUAUUCCGUCAUAAAGACGUUCGCAAUGUACUGGAGGAAGAUAUAGGAACAUGUAGAGUUGAAGCAAUUGUUCUAGAUUUUCCUAAAGGUGAUGAUAUUAUCCGCUUGGAUCCCAAGGCCUUCAAGAAUUUGAAAAGACUCCGAUUAUUUAUUUGCCGCAAUGCACAGUUUUCUGAAGAACUUAAUUCUCUACCUGAUGAAUAAUAGUGCUUGAUUGGAGUAACUGUCCUUUACAAUCUAUGCCAUCUAAAUUUCGUGGGGACAAACUCUCUAUUCUACGCAUGCCCGGUAGUCGCAUCCAAGAGAUACACUUGGAAUAUUUUAAGAAUCUCACAGUUAUAAAAUUCUGGUGUUGUGAAUUCAUAACGAAACUCUCGGAUAUUUCAAGCUGCCCAAAUCUGAAGGAAAUAGAUCUUAGUUUUUGUAAAAAUCUAGUUGAAGUUCAUGAUUCUGUUGGAUUCCUUGAUAAGCUUGUUGUAUUGGAACUUAAUGGAUGUGACAACCUAAAGCGCUUACCAAGGAGACUCCGAUUGAGAUCUCUGCAAGACCUUGAACUUAGUGGUUGCUCAAGCCUUCAAAACUUUCCUGAAAUUGAAUGUGAAAUGAAACAUUUAGCAAAGUCGAGUUAUCGGGCACCGCAAUAGAAGAAUUGCCUUCAUCCAUUGGGUACCUCACUGGGAUUGAAAGUUUAAACCUAAGGCACUCUGUAAACCUGAAGCGUCUACCAAGUAGCAUUAAUCAGUUGAGAUCUCUAACGUGGUUUACACUCAACAAUUGUCCAAAUAUUAUAAGUUUUGGGAUGGAGGAGGAGGAGGUGCAUAAUGGACAACCCACGCCCUAUGUAGUGUCUACAAGCUGGGACAAUGAAGCUUCAUUGGGUGAAAACUUAUUCACAUUGGAUCUCAGUAACUCUGGCGUAUCAAAAUCGAAUUUCUUGGGGCCAUUUCAUUUCUUUCCCAAUAUGAAGGCAUUAUAUCUAUCAGAAAGUGAUAUCGUAAGCAUUCCUUCAAGCAUCAAAACAUAUGUUGGAUUGUGCAUUCUUCAAUUCAUUGAUUGCAAGCAACUUCAAGAAAUUAAAAAGUUUCCACCGAAUCUAAUGGUAUUAAAUGCUAGAGGAUGCAUAUCACUGGAAAGUUUACCAGAAAUAUCAAAAGAAUUCAAUUUCCCAUGGCCAGAUGAUUUUAACUUGGCCAGAUGCUAUAAAGUGAAUAUGGGAAAUUGGAUGAAUAUGGGAAAUUGGAUGACAAAUGCUGCAUGGAAUGGAGCUCGCAUGAUAUUUCCGGGAGAGAAGAUUCCAGAUUGGUUCAGCAAUUGCAGGGAGAUCACUUCAAAUAGUCGUCGAUGUGAAUUUGAUAUUAAAGUGGCCCCACCGUAUAAUUUGGAUGACAUAAUAGGAAUUGCUAUUUGUGUUGUUAUUGAACCCAUUGCAACUAUUGAGUUGGGCGUUUACAUCAUGAGAGGAGAUACUGACGUCGGUCAUUCUUUGGAUGAAUGUGCAAAACUUAAUGAAAUUGAUUCAGAUCAUGUAUGG